UUGGGCAUACAGCACUUUUUCAAUCACAAACAUCCAUUAUAUAUCUACAAUAUGACAGCAGAUAAGGCAGACAAGACCAAUCUCCCCCAUCAAGAUCUUGAUGCCAAGAUGGGCGAGACUUUGAGUCUCCAGGGCUCGAUACAAGUUGCUGAAGAGGGUGUCGACAAUAGAGCACGAGGUCGGAAAGUAUUAAGAAGAAUCGAUCUUUGUCUUAUGCCACUACUCCUUGUUUCCUAUACACUACAAUUUCUUGACAAGCAAUCACUGAACUUCUCUUCGAUCAUGGGAAUAAUCGACGAUUUGGAUCUCGUUGGAUCAAGAUACAGCUGGUGUAGCAGUGCUUUCUACUUCGGCUACCUUGCUUUCAGCUACCCAGCCUCUUUUCUGAUGGUCCGCCUUCCACUCGGAAGAUAUCUGGCUGGCUCGAGUUUGGCCUGGGCUAUCGUGCUGUGCUGUCACGCUGCAGUCCAGAAUUUUGAAGGGCUUCUCGUAGCACGUUUCUUCCUUGGUGUAGCAGAAGCUUCGAUUUCUCCAGGUUUCUCUCUUAUCACUGGAAUGUGGUAUACUCGAGAAGAACAACCGUUCAGACAUGGAAUUUGGUUCUUGGGCAAUGCUAUUGCAACGAUGAUGGGUGGCUUACUGGCUUAUGGGAUUGCUCAGAUCGGAGGUCCCAUAGCUGCUUGGAGAUGGCUUUUCAUUAUCUUCGGUCUCAUUACUCUAGUCUGGGCCAUCGUAUUGGCUAUCUUUCUGCCCGACACUCCUAGUACUGCGCGCUUCCUCAAUGAACAGCAGCGCAUCGAUGCGGUCGAUCGAAUCCGAAGCAACCAAACUGGAAUGAAGAAUAAUAACUUUAAGUGGGAUCAGGUUCGAGAGGUCAUCACAGAUCCCAAUGUUCUCCUCUUGAUGCUGUUCCAACUUACCUUUAGCAUUCCCAAUGGUGCCCAUACUACUUUCAGCAGUCUUGUCAUGGCUGGCUUUGGCUUCAGUAGACUCGAGGUGUAUCUCCUCAACAUGCCUAUGGGUGCCAUUCUUGCAUUUUUUGCACUUGGAUCAACAUAUCUCUGCAGUCGCUUUGAUGGCUAUAGAACUAUCAUCGGUGCAUGUCUCAGCUUGAUCAGUCUUACUGGUUCCCUCCUUGUUCGUUACGGACCCAACCAAGGGAGCCAACUGUUUGGUCUCUGGGUCUUUGUGGCCUUCGCAGCUGGCUUUCCCAUCGCACUAUCUAUGGUGGCUUCCAACGUCGCUGGCUUCACUAAAAAGAGUGUCGCGUCUGCUAUGAUGUUCAUGGCUUAUACAACAGGGAACAUCGUUGGACCCUUUCUCUUCUUUCCAUCAGAGGCCCCAGAAUACUCCAGUGGCUUCCUGGCGACCACGAUUUGCUUUGGCGUCUCGACGCUGACGAUGCUCCUCCUACGGUUCACGAUUAUCCGUGAGAAUAAGCGACGUGAUAAACUACAACAGAAUAGCAUUGAUCUGCAGGAGGGGACGACGGAUCAUCUUGAGCUUUCAGACAUCACUGACAGGAAGAAUCUCAACUUCCGCUACGUGUAUUAA